CUUCAUUCGUUUGAAAGUACAUUUAGAGGGAAAUGGCCACAGCCACUACUGAUAUAGUAAUUGGACCUUGGGGAGGUGAAGGUGGCGAUACUCCCUGGAUAUUCAAACCAGAGGGUAGGAUUGUCGAUAUAUCCAUCCGAAGUGGAGAAGCAGUAGAUUCUAUUAGCUUCAACUACACGGAUAAAGAGGGUCUUGAAGACAAUUCUGAAAUAUAUGGUGGCGAUGGUGGCUUACUUCAUGCGUUUGCCUUGUCUGAGGGUGAAAACAUCAUUGGGAUUAGUGGAACUAUCGGAAAAGUUUCAAACAACACAGUGAUUACAUCAUUGUCUUUCAAGACAGACAUAGAAUCCUAUGGGCCAUACGGCAUGGAGGAGGGGGCAACUUUUUCUGUGCCGGUCAUUAAAGGUAGAAUUGUUGGAUUCCAUGGAAAACAUGGGGCUUUGCUCGACUCUAUUGGUGUCAUUCUUAGUCCCGCAGAGUGAGACUGGCCGAGAUAAUUUGUGGCAUGCAGCAUGCAUGCAUGCUAGCUGUUUGAAGUGAUACCAUUCUCAUAAUAAAGAAGCUUGAGAGAAACAUUGUGAAAUAGUUGUGUUGUUCAUAAUUAGUGGUCCAGAUCUGUCACUCGUACGUAGGCUUUAUGUUUUAAGAUCCUAGCAUGUAUGCACAAUAAUUAUGUGAGAUUAUAAAUAUAAGCACACAUAUAUAGGAAGUUAUAGUGACAAUAUGCUCACCGAAUAAUGUACUCCUUGAUUAAAAGCUUAAAAAUGAUUUUUUUUUC